AUGGACGGACGAAGAAGUGGUCGAGGUCGUGGGCUAGGGAUUAGGCAAACCCCACCUCAAAGGGAUGAUCAGGGAUCGGCAACUGGGCUGACCCAGGGACAAGGGAAUUUAGAGGGUAACCAAAUGGCUACUGUCAUAAAUAGGAUGACUGAUAUCCUUGAACGGUUAGCCGAGAGACAGGAUCCAGGGCCACUUAAUCAAUCCGGGGCCCAAGAUAGAGGGGAAGAUAGGGCUUUGGAAAGGUUUUUGAAGUUUAACCCGCCUAAAUUCAUUGGAGAACCAAAUCCCGAGGUAGCGGAGAACUGGUUGGAAAGGAUGACCAAUAUAUUCGCCACCUUAGAUUAUACCGUAGAUAGGCGAGUGAACUUUGCUGCGUUCCAAUUUGAGGGGGUAGCCCAUGCCUGGUGGGACAUGAUAAGGGGAAAGUGGGAGAAAGCCCAAACCCCUUGGAAUUGGAAAAAAUUUACGAGGGAGUUUAAUGAAAAAUUUCUUCCACCUCUAAUCCAAGAGAAGCGGGAGGAUGAGUUCAUCAAGUUAAGACAAGGAACUUUUAGUGUAGCUGAGCACGAAGGGAAGUUCACUAACCUUUCCAAGUACACUCCCGAAUUAGUGACCAAUGAGCGGAAAAGGAUAAGACGGUUUGUUCAAGAGCUUAAUAUGGAAAUUCAGGAGGUUUUGGCUAUAGCUCAAAUCUCUACAUUUACUGAAGAUUUAGAGAAAGCACAGAGAGUUGAGAGCGCAAGAAUGUAA